AUGGCAAAAGAUAUUGAAGAAUACUUUAUCAAAAGACUUUAAUCUUAUCUUUUAGAAUAUUUAUAGGAUUUCUCAUAAAAUAAUAUGGCUAAAGUAAAGUAACCCAUAUUUUUAGUUUUCUUUGGGUUUUUCAUCUAAUAUUGUGCUAAAGAAUUUGUGCAUUAAAAAAUAAGCAUUACUAAAUUUGAAAUUUCCAUUAUACAUUUUAGAUGGAACAAUAAAUUAGAUCACUCUCAAUGUAAGUUUUAUCAAUUCUAUUUAAAGAUGCCUUUAAAUUACAAAAAGUAACAACCAGAAAUGAUCAUAGAAGGAAUUGAUCUGCUUGUAUGUACAAUUUAAGAGGCCAAUAAAUUUGUACAGAGCAAAGAUCGGUAGACUCAAGAAAUAGACAAUUUGAAGAAACAUAAACUAAAAUUAUGGGAAGAAAAAAUGGCAAAAUAUUUCGAAAAACUAUCUCCUCCUAAUUGGAUAUAAAAAAUAGUAGAUGGAAUAUAUAAUAAUUUAACAAUAACAAUUAAGUAGUUUAAUCUUAGAUUUCUCAAUCAUUCAAUAUUUAGCUAUGAAACGAUCUUAAGAAUUAAAUUUGAUGCCUCAAUUAAGGCAACAGACAAAGAAUUUAAAUAAUUAUUCAAUGGAGAUCUUAAUUGCACAUAUAAAUUGAUUGAAAUAAGAAAGCUAAGCAUCUCUUAUAAAAAUGAUCCAUUCACUGUACUUUAAAAAAAUGAUGAAUAAAUGAUCAUGAAUCCUAUAGAUAUUGAAAUCAAAUAUGUCAAAAACAGAAACAAUGAACAGAUUACUCAACCAAUCUAAAUUUUAUAAAUUUUCAUAAAAUCUCCUAUAAUUAUUCAGUUGAAUAAGGAAUAAAAAGAUUAUUUAAUUAAAUUAAAUGAAGCACUAUCAAAUUAAGAAGUGAUUUAAGAUAAUUUUCAUUUAAGGCCAGCCAAAGAUAUUAAGAAUGCUUAUUCGGAAUGGUGGAAAUAUUUCAUAAAAUCUGUCAUUCUUAAACAGAAGAGUAAAAAAUUAGACUUAAGUUAUUCAUCUAAAAAGCUUGUGUUAAUGAAAAGAUAUAUAGAAUUGUAUAAAAGAAAGCAAACCAUUAUUUUAGUUCCUUGGUUGUCAUCAUGGACUGUAAAAGAUGAAACUAAAAUAUCUAAGUGUGAAGAAGAUCUAUCUUUAAAGGACUUAUUAAAAUAUAGGGAAUGGGCAUUUCAAGAAAUUAGAAUAGAAGCCAAAAGAUAUUAUAAUUCAUCUAAAGAUGGUCAAAAUAAUUAAAGUGUUAAACCUUUGUUGGAAAUUUGGACAAAUACUAUCAAUAAUCAAAAUUCAUUCAAAGAUCACACUAAAAGGAAUGAUGAUAUACCUAUUGAAUUAGAAAGUGAUGAAAAAAUUAGUUUAUAUGAGAUUUUAGAAAGAGAUAAAACUAAUGUCUUAUCAAGUUAUUUAAAAGGAGAAAAUAAUCAUCCUGAUUAAAUUAAAAUGUAAUUUAAUUUAGACAUACAUUCUAUUUUCAUAUUAUUAUAUGAAUUUAGAACUGGUAAUUAUAUUAAAUAUUCACCUGUAAAUACAAAGAUAUUCUAAUUUUGCCAAUGUAAAUAUCAUAUUAAAUAAUUUAAAAAGGCAGCAUAUUCUAGAAAAAAAUCAAGAAAAUCAUCCAAUAUCAAUACUUUUAAUUAGGUUUAUGAGGAUGCCUAAAAAAUAAGUGAAGAGAAAUCAUUUCACACAGUCAAUUAAAUAGAUAGUUUUUAUGAAGAUAUUGAGGAUUUAAAUGGAGUUGGAUCACUUAUUUCAUAAUCAUUUAAUAGUUCCGAAAAACUUAGUAGUCCUGAAUCAAAAUAAGCAAAUGAUUCACAAUAUCAUCAAAAAUUUCUUAUAAUGAUUAGUUUUAUUGGUAUUUAAAUUCCUUUAAAUAUCUAUUAAAAUGGAGCAAUAUAUACACCUUCAGUUAAUAAAUCUAAAGAGCUACUAGAUAAAAUUUAUAUUGGAGAUAUCAGAAUACUAGCUCCGGGUAUGUUAUUAAAAGUUAUGGAUGAAAAGGAUUCCUUAGCAAACAAAUAAUCACCUUUAUUUGCUGACAUUAACUAAUAGAUAUCAUCAUUAAAGUAUCUAGAUUCAUCCUAAUAAUACUUAUAAUAAUAAUAAUAAUAAUAAUAAUAAUAAUAAUAAUAAUAAUAAUAAUAAUAAUAAUAAUAAUAAUAAUAAUAAUAAUAAUAAUAAUAAUAAUAAUAAUAAUAAUAAUAAUAAUAAUAAUAAUAAUAAUAAUAAUAAUAAUAAUAAUAAUAAUAAUAAUAAUAAUAAUAAUAAUAAUAAUAAUAAUAAUAAUAAUAAUAAUAAUAAUAAUAAUAAUAAUAAUAAUAAUAAUAAUAAUAAUAAUAAUAAUAAUAAUAAUAAUAAUAAUAAUAAUAAUAAUAAUAAUAAUAAUAAUAAUAAUAAUAAUAAUAAUAAUAAUAAUAAUAAUAAUAAUAAUAAUAAUAAUAAUAAUAAUAAUAAUAAUAAUAAUAAUAAUAAUAAUAAUAAUAAUAAUAAUAAUAAUAAUAAUAAUAAUAAUAAUAAUAAUAAUAAUAAUAAUAAUAAUAAUAAUAAUAAUAAUAAUAAUAAUAAUAAUAAUAAUAAUAAUAAUAAUAAUAAUAAUAAUAAUAAUAAUAAUAAUAAUAAUAAUAAUAAUAAUAAUAAUAAUAAUAAUAAUAAUAAUAAUAAUAAUAAUAAUAAUAAUAAUAAUAAUAAUAAUAAUAAUAACAAAAAUAAUAAUAACAAUAAUAAUAACAAUAACAAUAACAAUAAUAAUAACAAUAAUAAUAACAAUAACAAUAACAAAAUUCGAAAAAAGAAAAAUCUCAUCUUCAUUAGAAAAAAUCUUAUAUUAAAUAUUCAGAUUUCUUUAAUGAAAUUUUUGAGAUUUCAAUUACUAAUGACUCAUAACAAUUUUUAAAUAGUGAACUUUGCUAUCAAUUGUUAGGAGAAUUCUUAAAAUAAAAUUAAAUGGCGAAUAUCAAACAAUUUUUAGAUGAAUUUGAAAGAGAUAAAAAUAAUUUCUAAGAUUUCACAGCAGAAUAAUUUAAAAUAUAUGAUAAAUAUUUUGACGAUAGAAAAGCAUAGGAAGAUAUUUGCUUUAUUCACAUAUCCAGUUAAUACUCUGCUGAUAAAAAAAAGGAAUUCAUAAGAAACGCGGCUAUAUUUUCUUUUGAAAAAGACAAACAAAAUCAUUGGGUGUAAUGCGAGAAUAAUGAUAAAAAUCUAUUUAUAACUAAUGCCCACAACAAGAUAGUAGACAUUAUUAGAAGGGUUUUGUUUAUUCCUUUUAUAGAAGAAUAUGGUGAAAUACUUCUUCCAAUUUGUAUUCAUAAUCUAAAGGACAAAUUAACAUUCCCAAGCAUGUUAUUUACAAAAGAAAAAGAGCUUUGCACAUUGCAAAUUUGUCUAUCCUUACAAGGUGUAUAAUCAGAAUAUAGAAUCAUCUCAAAGAGUGAUUAAAAGAAAGGAUUAUAGAAGGAAGGCUUUAUUCCCUCUUAGUAGUUACCAUUUAGUUAAAUAAUAAUCUAAUUGCAACCUUUUUCUACAUUGUUGUCUACAAAAUCUAUCUCUUCUUUAUUGCAUUUUAUGCAAAAUAAAAAAUAAGAUAUAUUUAAGUCUCCAAAAUAUAAAUAAUGUCAAGAAGAUCAAAAAUUACUAGAAUGCAUAGUAAAAAGCAAACCUUUAAAUAAAGAGGCCUAAAUAUAGCCUUAAUGGAAGGUCUCUUUAAGGAUGGAUGGAAAAUUAAAAGUAAAAGUAGUUUCUGAAUCUAUUUCUAGUAAAAUUAAAACAGAAUUAAAGUUUCAAAUAAAAAAUCUUCUAUUAAAAACUGUUAAUUUAGAUGACAAAGAAUAUGAAAAUGAUUUCAUAGAGUUUUCUUAACAAAAAAAGGAGACUUUCAUUCUCUAAUAAAAAUAUUAUUUCAUAAAAAAAGUUGUGAUUGAAUAAAUUUUAAUAGCUCAUAAAUAUUUCACUUUAGAUUAUAAAUAUUAUAAUGAAGAGAUGAUCAAUACUGAUAAUAAAUUAUAAACUUCUAAGAAUGGAAAAGAACAACAUAAUAUUCCUUAAUGUAAUUAAUAAAAUAAAACUUCAAACAUAAAGGGGUCAUAAUAAUCACAUUAAAUUAAGCAUUCAGCAACUUUAAAUUAAGGUCAAGUUGAAUCAAACUUGGCAGGUCAAAAUAAUAUAAAGAAUUAAAAAAAAAUAUCUGGAAUUAAAUCAUAAAUUUUGAAAACAUAAUUGAUUUUAUUUCAAUUAUCAUCUUUAAUUUAAAAUCACCCUUUAUUGACAGAUAAGAAACUAUAUAUUCAAAUUCCAUCUUUAAAUUUACAAAUAAAUGAUUCUCAAAUUUGCUUUAUAGAGUUAUUAAUGAUUUUAAAUAAAUAUAUCAAUAAGGGAAAUAAAAAAUAAUUUUCAGAAGUCAAAUAUAAUUUGAGCAAAGAUAGUUUAAUAAAAGCAGAAUUAUAAUUCCUAUUAAAUGAUCAUAAAAAAUAAAAGAAGGAUUGCAAACAUUGUAUCAUCAAAUAUAAGAAGAGUCUUUACCUAAGUAAUAUAAUUUUUGGGAUUAUGCCAAAAAUUAAUGAUGAGAUUAAUAUAUUCUCAUUGCUUGAAUUUGAAAAUCAAUAAAUAACUUAAAGAAAACAAUAAAGAAGGAUGAAUAAUAAUCUAAAUCUCAAAUUCUAAUAAUCAUUUAAGGAUAAGAAAAGACUUGAUGGAAUUUAAAUCUAAUUUAUAAGUACUCCAAAAUCCGAUAAUAGUACAUGUUAUAUUACAAUUUUUGAAAUGCCAUUCUUUAGCAUCACUAAAGAUAAAGGAUAUUUUAAAGAUACUAUUGCUAUUCAUUGCUAAAAAACUCCUUAAAGUAGCGAUAUAUCUCAUUAGAGUAGCUUAUAUAAACUAGAUAAGGAACUUGGUUAACAUCCAUCAUUUGAGAGAAAUAAAUCUCUAAAAGACAUGGGUCAAAAAAUGCCAUAUUAAUCUUUAUCUUAAGAUUAAAUUAAUGAAUAAAACCCUGAUACAACUUAUAUUAUUUUCCAACCAUCACUAUUAGUACAAGAAUCCCAUUUGUUAAGCGAUAAGCUAGAUGAUAAAUUUGUGUUUUAUUGUAGAAGUAAAGAAAUUGAAAUGUUUAAUUAUGAAUUUGUCCAACAUAAUAAUCAAGAUUAAAUGUAAGAGUCUGAUAAUAUCUUUUCUCAUAAUUAUUUUAAGGGUCCAAUUUAUUUACUGUAUUAUUUUCAUAAACCUAUAAGAUCUAAUUUACUUUCUUGUGUAAUAGAAGAUUAUUACAAAGAGAAAAACUCAAAAAUUAAAGUUUUUUUUGCAAUUGAUAAAAUCAAAGCGAUAUUUAGUAAUUAAUUUGCCACUUAUAAUCUUAUCACAAUUAUCAAAAAUAUUUUAACAAUCAAAAAUAUUUAAGAAAAUACUGAUAAUUUAAUUAAUAAAAAUCUAAUGAAGUAAGAACAAGAAACAUUCAAAUUAAAAUUAAAACAAAAUCCAUUAAAACAUCUCGAUGAUUUAAUUGUUUGUGCUGUAAUUUAGAAUAUAUAUUUAAAAUCUAAUGAAACUUUCUUUAAAUUAAGUUAAUUAAAAGCCUUCAAUUAAGUACAUUUAAUUAGUUAAAUAAGAGGAAAUUCUAAUUAAAAUAGAUAAAGUUUUUAUCCUAUUAAUAAUUCAGGAGCAUAAUACUAGAAAAAUAGACAAUCUGUUAACUCUUAUGAGGAUAAUUAAAUAAUAAGAUGUGAUAUUAUUAAAUUUAGUUUUAAUUAGGUGUCAUAAAUAGAUGUGAAAAUAAUUAAUGUAACAAAAUAAAAGGAUGAUCUAUAUUUAUCAGUUAAUGAAAUUUAGAUCAGUAUUAUUGGAAAAUAAAAAGAAAAUCUAUUAGUUAUGCCUGGAAAAGAAACAGGUACUUAAAGAGCCUCUUAUGCAUUACAUGUGUAAUUAUCAUUUUAGAAUUCCUAUCCUCUUAUAAAAUUUUAAAUAGAAUAGGCCAAAUUAAUUCUUUCUUAAUAAAAAAUUUAAGAUUUAUUGAUAGCUAUUAAUAGUUUCUAUUUAAUUAAUAUUGAAGAAUCAAUCUCUUUGAAAUAACAUUUAUUACAGUUUAUUUUUUAAUAAGAAUUAUUCGUUAAUGAAUAAAGAGAAAAACCUGUUAGUAUUAACUUAUUUGUUAAAAAUGUUAGCAAUUCUAAAAAGUCCUAAAAAUAUUCUAUUGAAUUAUUAAUAGAUUCAUUAAUAAUUAAAUUAUAAGAAUAAGAAUAAGACUUUUUUUAAUUUUAAUUUCAUCAAAUUUAAUUGAAAAAAAGAAAUCAAGCAAAUUUAGAAUUAUCCUUAUCAUAAGUUGAAGCAAAACCUCAAAAUAUUAAUAAUGAAUAAUAUUUAUAUUAAAAUUUAAUAGAACCUAUAGAUAAUUAAUAACAUUUUGUUUUUAAAUUAGAAAAUAAGGUAAUAUCAAUUAAAAAUGUUAAAGUUUUUAUUAUUUCAAGAUAUAUAAAAGAAUUAGAAGCAUUUAAGUAAAGAAUAGAAGAAAUUUUAGAAUAAAACUUAUUUGAAUUGAAAGAUAGGUAUUAGAAAGAUUUUGAUUUAUAACUACAAAUUAAAAAAGAAGAAGAUUUUAUAAAAGAAAAGGAUAAUUUUAAUUAUAAGAUCUCUAUAGAAAAUUCUUAAUUUUUAAUACCUGAUUCAUCAAUUGGUUCAAACCUCAUAAUAGCAACAUUCGAUAAAGCAAAUUUUCAUUUAAAAAAACAAAAAUUACAUUUAAAGAUCCCAGAUAUUUAAGAUGAUUUAUUUUUUUAACCAAAUGAUAGCCAUUUGUUGAUUGAUUACAAAGAGAAAAGUUAGGGUGAAGGAGAAUUUUAUGUAAUUAAUAUAAAUGGAAAAUUUUAAAAUGUAAAAGUAAAUUAUCAGUUUUCAGAUGUUUUAGGAAGUGGAUUGCUUUUAUUUGCAGGUAACACAUAAUUGUAAAUUUAUAGACACAAUUUAACCAGUUAUUGAUCUCCCAAGUUUUGAUUAAAAUUGUGGAUAAAUUCCAUGGAAAUUUAAAGAUACUUGUAAAUUAAUUGUUUAUAAUUUAAAAAUGUCCCUUGAUUUUGGCAAAUUGCUUAAGUUCUAAAGUUUUCUACUUAAGAAUUUAGAAGAAGCAUCUCCUUUGUUUAAUUAUACUAAAACUUCAUUACAAAAAGUUAAUCUUGAAGUAAAGUUAUUUUUCAUAUUAGAUAAAAUUAGUAGAAAGUUUAUUUUCGUAUUUUAGAUAUAGUUAAGGGGAACCUGAAAAACUUAUUUAAAUUAAGGAAUAGGCAAAGGUAUAUAAAUAGAAACCAAGAUUAAGUAAAAAUUUUACAACAUAAUAAUCAUCAUAGCGAGAUUCAAUUUCAUGA